CAUGAUGUUUUUUCUAUGAUAUCUGUUCAUAACCAAACUAAUAAACAAACAAUAACCUAAUUUAAUGAAAAAAAGAAUUAGCAUAAACAAAAAUAUUCACAAAUCUCUUCAAUUUGAACAGAGAAAUGAGGGUCCUUUUUAGAUUUAAUUCUAUUAUUCAUAAUGUCAAAUCAAAACCAAGUACUGUGUUAAGGAACUUUUCAAUAAAACCACCUAAAAAUCCUAAAAGGAGUUUAAAUGAAGGUAUCGGCCCAGUAUCUUGGAAGAAUCUUGGAAUUACUGCCGCAUUAGGUGGUGGAUUAUAUGCAUUUAUGUUGUAUUUGAAGAAUGAGAAAGAUACUAUUCUUGCCAAAGAAAGACAGAGAAUGUUGGGCAAAGUAUCAAUAGGUGGAAAAUUUGAAUUGGUUGAUGUUAACGGUAAAUUGAGGAGCAGUGAUGAUUUUCUUGGACAAUGGUUAUUGAUUUAUUUUGGUUUUACUCAUUGCCCAGACAUAUGUCCAGAUGAAUUGGAGAAGAUGUCUGCCGUAAUAGAGGAAAUGGAUAAAUCACCAGAAUUCCCCCGAAUUCAACCAUUAUUCAUCACAGUAGAUCCUUAUAGAGAUACAGCUGAUGUUAUAAAAAAGUACUGUGAAGAAUUCAGUCCUAGAUUAUUGGGUCUUACAGGAACAGAAGAACAAAUAUCCAAAGCAUGUAAAGCUUACAGGGUGUAUUUUAGCGCAGGACCUAAAGAUACCGACAGUGAUUAUAUCGUGGAUCAUACAAUCAUUAUGUAUUUAGUUAACCCAGAUGGUCAAUUUGUAGACUAUUUCGGACAAAACAGAACUGCUGAGGAAAUUUCCAUUUCAGUUAAGUAUAGUAUGACAAAAUUCAAACAACUCAAGAAGACUGGAUGGAUUUAAUUACAUUGAAAUGAUUUAAAAGUUCCAUUCAUUGUUUUUUGAAAUAUCCUAUGUUUAUUGUUGAAAGUAUAGUCUUGAAAUAAAUAAUUAUUAUACAUA